AUGGUUGAAAAACAAUCAAAUCCUACUCAUCUAAAAUCAAACCACAUCGCUCCAGUACCUUCAGUUACAGAAUCAAAGACAUCACCAAAAAACACUCAGUCAAUCUCUUCAUAUGCAUCAAUCACAUCAAAUAAACAACCGGAACCAACAGUUACAAUCCCGAAACAGUUUUUCACAAACCUCCUAACCGAGGUAAUUGGGAAAAUUUCUGAAUCACAAGACAUCAAACAAACAGUUAUGACGGCUAUCUCGGCCAUAAUCUCCAUCAUCAACCACCAUGAAUAG